AGCAAAUGUUUAUGAGAAACACGUGUUUGUGUUAAAUGUCUGUUUGAAACAAACGUUUGAUUUUUUACAUUUAAUCGCUUUUAAUUGUGAAUCAAUUUUGACUGUAAUUUACGGUUAAAUUAUGGGCAAAAUCCGGAAGAAGGGAGAGAGGGGUUCGCGCGUGGCUUUCGUGACCAGAGGUCAGGCCACUCGUCGGCUACAACUGUCGCUCAAAGACUUCAGGCGUUUGUGUAUUCUUAAGGGCAUAUAUCCCGUCGAACCCAAGAACAAGAAAAAAGUGGACAAAACCGGCAGUUCUUCGCAUAAAACUUAUUAUCUCUUGAAAGACAUCCAGUAUUUAACGCACGAACCAAUCAUUUGGAGGUUUUGGGACUUUAAAAUAUUUAUGCGACGAGUGAUUCGCGCGAAAGGACGCAAAGACAGCGAAUCCAUCCGAAGAAUACGCGAGAAUAAGCCCUUCUAUAAAGUGGAUCAUAUCGUGAGAGAGAGAUACCCGACUUUUGCGGACGCCAUGCGUGAUAUGGACGACGCGCUGAGUCUGUGUUUUCUGUACUCAAACUUUUGCAAAUCGAAAGCACUUCCUCUGGAACUCAUUGAACUCUGCCGUCGACUUACUCUCGAGUUUAUGCAUUAUGUGAUCGAAACCAAGUCUUUGCGCAAAGUUUUCAUUUCGAUUAAAGGCUAUUACUAUGAGGCGGACAUUAAUGGCCAGUCCAUCACUUGGGUUGUUCCGCAUCAGUUCGUCUUUGAUCGCAUAACUGAUGUCGACUUUCAAGUGAUGCGAACUUUCACCGAAUUUUACAUCACUUUUGUUGGUUUUAUUAAUUAUAAACUCUAUUCAAGCCAUUCAUUGGUUUAUCCGCCAAAAAUUGUCGACAAAUUAAUUACUGAUUCCGAUGACAACGAUAUGAACGAGCAAUUGGUGGCAGCGCUUAACAAUCCAUUGACUAGCUUUGCGCACACGGAACAGAUGACAAACAUUGAUGACUUCGAAGACAAUCCGGAAGAGACAACGGGUUCUGAACUGACUUUCCAUCAAUUGCAGAAAUUCCAGAAUCUAUUCAAUGGAUUGAAAUUUUUCCUCAACCGAGAGGUUCCUCGAGAGUCACUCGUGUUUGUGAUCAGAAGUUUUGGCGGAACUGUUUCGUGGAGUAAAUCGCUUCAUAUCGGCGCCACGUUUGACGAAAACGACGAGACAAUCACUCAUCAGAUCGUCGAUAGAGAGGACAUUACAUCCAAAUAUAUGAACCGAUUCUAUAUUCAGCCGCAAUGGGUGUACGACUGCGUCAACGCACGACUCUUACUGCCCGUUCAGAAGUACUUCAUUGGAGCCAAACUUCCGCCUCAUUUGUCACCGUUUGUAACGGAAGCUGAAGGCGAUUACGUUCCGCCCGAACGGCUGGCCCUCAAAAAUAUGCGGGCAAUGGAUAUCGACGACGAGGAGGCGGAGGAAGAGAGACAGAAAGAGAGUGAUGACGAACCCAUUGAAGACAAACACAAACAUAAGCGACAAAAGGUUGAGAAACCGGUGCCGGGGAUGAAGAAAGAGAUGGCUGUCAGAGCGGGUGUUGUGAACCGAACCGACAAACAGAGGACUGAGAAACAGCAGGAAAGCGAAGAGAAGAGGUUAGCAGUGAUGAUGAUUCCCAAGAAGAAGAAACGAUUGUAUUCGAAGAUAAUGUACGGAAAGAAGAGGAAAGCCAGAGAAGCCGAGAAAAUGACGGCUAAGAGGCAACAGUUUGACCGACAAAACCGCGGCAAAUAA